UUGCGACUCAAACUGUCACCAAACACUCAGGUAUUUUGACUUCACAUCUACUCUACACUUUACACAACUGCAGACACUUUACAUUUCUAGCUUUCUGUGAGUAGUUUGGGUUUUUGGGCGAAAAUGGCUGAAGAAGUUGCUCCGCUUACCGACGAAGAAAAAUAUGAACUCGCCCUGCAAACGGAGCACGAGCUGGCUCGGCUUGCCCGAACUUACACUAUCAUGGAUCGCAACCGGGCUGAGUUCAUGCAAGCUGGAGCAUGUGGAAAACUGGCCAAACACAGAAAAGUGCUGAAUAUUUUCAUAAAAGAGCAGAAGAAUAUUUUAACUGACUUGGCCGUGGCCUCAGCAGGCGCGCGAGUAAAGGAAGACGUUAAACUAUCAAGCAAAUUAGGCCAUUUACUAGUAGAAUACGAUGAAUUCGAUAACGAAAUCAGAACCGAGAGAAACUACACCAAAGAAAUUGAGGACCAGAUCCAGAUGGUUAAGAAGAAAACUCUAGAUCUAGCAGCUCAACAAAUAAGUGAAGACAAAUAUCAAGAACGAGUUCUGAAAGGGGAGCAAACCGUUCAAACUUUGGAAAACAAGUUGGAAGUCCAAGUGAAAAAGUUUUGCGCUAUUUGCUCCGAUAACGUUCAGCUGCGCUCAGAAAUUCAUCACCUUUUAAAUGAAAGAACCGAGUUCAAUAAAAUAUGGGACAAACUCAUAAAAAAUCUGUGCAUUGGCAAAAAGUUCAUGAUCGAUCUAAUCGAACAGGCAACGAUUGCGUAUGAUCAACGAGAAGAAUGGGUUUCCAAGUUACAAUUUUUACGAACUAAAGCUCACAACGAAUUAGUAGCGCAUAUCCAAGAAAUGAGAGAAAUGCAGAGAAAGCGCGACAACGAUGUUAAGCUGCAGGAGUUUUUUGCCACUAAGGGCCAAAAGCGAUUCAUGAAGGACUUGGAGGACAUCUAUUUGAAGAAGAGGCAGAAAAAUAAGGCCCUGAUUGAAGUCAACCUGGAAAACUAUCUAAAUCUGCUGAUAGCAAUAAGGGAAUUUGCCCACAUAGAACACAUCCCUGAAAUAGCCAAGGAAUUUCUGAAUCAAGAAGAGGAAAACUUUGCCAAAUUCAAAUACGUGAAUGAUCUCAACAAGCAAAUGGAGGAACUGAGCGAUAGGCUUACGAUAUGUUAUGCAGAAAUUGACGCACAAAAAGUGUUGCAUGAACAACGCGGUCAGCAACAAGAUGAGACUUUGAAAAAUUUUGAGGAAAAGGUGGUCAAUAAGAAGAAGGAAGCAGCGCAAAAAGAAGCAGAGCUUCAUGCCGUUGAACAGAAGCUUAACGCCAUCCUGGGUGGUAUGGGAACAUUAUUCAAACUAUUCAGAUGUGAUAACAAUCCGCUAAUUCACAUGUUGGGCCACAAUGAAACAAUCCAUUACUAUAACGCUCCUCUGUAUAUGCAAAUAUUGGAGAAAACCAUACACGAAGCUCUAGUUACCGUCCACUCGAAAGAGAAGAAUGCCACUGCCAAGAAAAAGGGAGUAAAACAGGAAGCUUUAGUUGUGCGUCAAGACAUUAUACCUGCAAUAAUUGAACCGGUUGAAAGAAUAUGCCAAACCAGCCCCUGUCCGCUUUGCGUGGAACAUGAUCUGGUCAGCGAUGUGAUUGAUGAGCUACAGUUUGCCUUUACCAAAGAGGAAAUUCAAGAAAAACUCAAAACGAGGCUCGAAAUUGAGGGAUCUCAAUGUGGGCUGCAUAAUGUUUCUGCUUGCCAUUUGCCCAAAUCCAGACAAAUUAUACAAAAGCGAUAUCAAUAAAAGGUUUCACUUUUGAGUAUUAGGA